AGACGCGUCUCUGAUUGGCGGCUAUUGUUGUCCAUGCGAGAGUCUACCGGGUACUGCAAACAACAUUACUCAGGGGACGCAACGUUGCAUUGAGUCUAUGAUAAACUUCUGGAGAACUUUUAUAUACUCUUAAGACAAAUAAAAACCGCCCUACUGAACUGAAGGGAUGAAAACACGGUCGUCCUCUCCGCCCGUCCAUGUUCAUGUCCCAGACUCAACAUCUGUGCAUGUCCACCUAAAGAAGAGUCCACAGAAGAGCCAGCAGGGUAAAGUGAGCAAUUUACGAACCACUGCCAGUGUGAAGGUCCGAGCUCCCUGGGUUCCUCCUGGAAAGGCUCCAAGACGGAGAGAAUACAAAUGGGAGGGGGCUUCUCGCUGCUUAGAGAUCACCCCGGGAAGGGCCACUGACCCUUCUUCACCUCCUUUGCGGCUCACUGACCUGUCCAGUGAAGAGGACGAUGCAAGAGGAGUAAUUGGCAAAUAUGAAAAAAAAAUUGAAAGCCUAAUGUCAGAGGUUGACCGCAUAAAAAGUGAGGUAAAGUUACGGCAGACAGAGGACCACCUUAAGCAUCAAUCACAGCAGUUGAGUGCCUGUCAAUGUUUGAUUGACCAACAUGAGGAAAGACUUGAGGAAGCCAGUAAGGACUUGAGGAGGUCAAAGUGUGAAAAUACUGAUCUGCGUAGCACUGUUGAGGAGACGGGGACGCAGGAUGAGCCUGGACAAAUGAGAUCAGAUACAGGACCUCCUCACCAGGAGAUGGAAACACUGCUGAGGAAACUGGUGGAAGCUGAGAUAGAUGGUCAGGCUGCAGCUAAACAAGUGGAAGUUCUGAGGGAAACCGUGGGCAAACUUAAGAAGGACAAAAAACAGUCAAAGACACACUCUGAUCAGUUGGGCCGUCAACAUGAGCUACUGGAGCAGAAGUUGGACACAUUUUUGGACACAAAUCGCACUCUCAGACGACUUUUGAGGGAGCAGCAUGGGCGGGAGACAGAUGCUCUGAGGAUGUGUGAUGAGAGGGAGAUGCUAAUGAGAAAACUAGCUGAUUCUGAGGCUGAGAAAAGGAAACUUGAGUCUAAACUCAACAACAUGGAAAGAGAGGCCAAACAGAUAGCAAAGAAUUUGGAAACUGAACAGGAGCAUCUUAGGACCUCAGGAAGCCUGUCCAAAGUUCUUGAAUCCACUCGCAGUCGCUUGCAGAACCAGCUGCACAAGCAAGAAGCUGAAAAUAACCUCCUGGAGGCUCAGAUCCAAAGGCUGGAAGGGACACUGCAGCAUCAGCAGGAGGAGGUUCAAGGCCUUCUGGAGCAGAUGAGAGAGCUGAAGCAGCACUGUGAAGGAGACCGAGACAUCCACAAACAGGUCUUGGAGGACCAGAGGAAGCGGGCUGAACAAAGUGUGAAUACAGCUGCACAGCUCUCUGCACAACUCUUAGACAAGGAGGCUCAGUUAGCAGAGGCUCUCUCCAAUGCUGAGGCGCUUCAGCAGCGUUACUCCAAACAGAGCAGAGAGAAAAGCCAGCUGGAAUUGGAGAUCACCACCUUAAAUAAUCGUCUCACUGAUUUAAGAGAACAGCUGCGCAGUUGUGAGGAGAAGUCCUGCGCUGAGAGAGAGGGGCUUCUCAGCCGUCUGCACUCCCUCACCUCAGAGAACACGGCUACCAAACUGGAGAACCAGAGACUCAAGAGCACUCUGUCAGCCACAGAGGACAGGCUGUCUUUGUCUCAGUCAGAGGUCCAUCAGCUGAAGAUCUCUCUCAAAGAGUUUGAGAAUCUGGUAGAGGGUUACAAGAGUCAGUUGCAUAAGACACGUUUGGAAUCUGAGGAAUACUCUUUGAGGCUGGAGAUGGCGGAGAAGGAAGCACAGAGUGACCGCGCAGAGGUGGAAAGAGAAGUGGAACAAGGCCGCAAACAACUCCAGGCCCGAGUGAAGGAAAUGGAGAUGCUGCGGGAAGUUCUGAAGCGCUUGGAGGAUGAGCUCAGGGAGGCCAGAGAGAACAUGCACUUCCAGGAGAGAAGAAAUACAGAGCAGAACAACACUCUGUCUGAGCUCAGAAUCAAGAUGGAGCAGCAGAGUUGUAAAAUAGAGAACCUCCAGGAGAAGAACUUAUUUCUACUUGAAGAAAAUAUGCAGCUGAAACGCUCUAUGGAAAGCAUUGAUAGGAAAAUGGAGGAUGUGAGCACUCAGAACAGGGAUCUGCUUCAGGAUAUCGCCAAGCGUGAAGAGACCAUCCACACCACGCAGCUGCGUCUGGAGGAGAGGAGCCGAGAGUGUGACUCCCUCUACCGACAGGUGGAGCAGGCCAGGGAGGAGGCGCAAAGACAGGUGGAGCAGAGCCUAGAGCGGGUGCUGUCCAAGGAACGCUCAGCUCAGUCCAAAAAGCUGGAUUUAGAGACCCAGCUGAGCCUGGCUAAAAAUGAGCUGGGUCAGAUACGCCGCAGCAAAGAUGACAUGGAGAAGCGACUUCAGUGCAAACUUCAAGACAUGAAGAACCAGUUGGAACAGGUGAACAGCGCCAACCGCAGCCUGCAGAACUACGUCCACUACCUUAAGGCUUCAUACACCAAUGUGUUUGGAGACUCUGUUCUAACAAGCUCACUGAAUCCCCAUAUCUAAACCCAGACCAUGAAUAAAGCCAUUUAUUUAAUGCAGUUUUUCUUAAUAUACCUCCAUGACUUAGUUUCAUCUGAUGACAUUUUAAUAAAACAGUGCAAAACAAAA